AUGUCCGCACCAAACCCUAAGGCGUUCCCUCUUGCCGACUCCGGCUUGAGCCAACAGAUCCUCGACUUGGUCCAACAGGCCCAGAACUUGAGACAACUCAAGAAGGGUGCCAACGAGACCACGAAGACGUUGAACAGAGGUAUCUCUGAGUUCAUCAUCAUGGCUGCCGACACGGAGCCAAUCGAGAUCUUGCUCCACUUGCCACUCUUGUGCGAGGACAAAAACGUCCCCUACGUCUUUGUUCCUUCCAAGACCGCUCUUGGCAGAGCGUGCGGUGUCUCGAGACCGGUCAUCGCCGCCUCCAUCACCACUAACGACGCCUCCGCCAUCAAGAACCAAAUCUACGCCGUCAAGGACAAGAUCGAGACCUUGUUGAUCUAA